AAACUAGCGAAGAAGACAAUGGGUUGUUUUAUAACCCCUGGGAAGAAGUAACGAGCCCAGCAAUAUAUCUGACAGAUAUAGAAGAAGUAUUGACUAAGAAAGAUACAGAAGCAAAUCCUACAAUAGAAGAACAGAUAGAAAAGUUCUUACAAAACAACGCCCUAGACAAAGAAGAGAAGAAAAAGGGUUUCGGGAAAACUACCAUAACAAGUCACCAGAUCGAUACUGGCAGGGCCAAACCGAUAAAGCAAAGAGCCUACAGAGCGGCACCAAACGAAUAUGAGUUUAUAGAAAAGAAACUAAAAGAAAUAGAAGAAAGGGAGAUACAACCUGACGAAAGUAAAGUAGAAAAAAAGGUUCAUACCUGGGUUCACCAUAUUGCAAGGUCUCUACACCAUUUAAUGCAAAAAAAAGUUAGUUUUCGUUGGGAACAGGAGCAACAAGGGGCAUUUGAGGCGUUAAAAGACCACCUGACAAUAGCACCCAUUCUGAAGUAUCCCGAUUUCGACGAUAGGUUUUAUUUGUAUACCGAUGCAUCUGGCACUGGAUUAGGGGCUGUCCUGGCCCAGAAAGAUGAAAGCAAGAAGAAACACGUAAUUUUCUAUGCCAGCCGCAGCUUAUCUAAAGCCGAAAGAAAUUAUUCCGCGUGUGAAUUGGAGUGCCUGGCAGUUAUUUGGGCGGUUGAAUACUACUACCAUUAUUUUGGCUUUAAGCCCUUUAUAAUCAUAAUGGACCACUCAGCACUAAAGUCAGGAAAUACCCACAUGAACGCAGAUGUGUUAUCACGGAUAAAUGAAACAGAGGAAGAAAUUGAGGAAGUAUAUACGGUCGUAGGAGAAAUUAGGGAACACAGACUCAAAGAAAAUGAAGAAGAAAAUCAAGAUAAGAGACAGACUGAUCCACCUAAAUGA